AUGUGGGCCGGACUGCUCCUCCGGGUCGCCUGCGUUGUACUCCUGCUGCUCGGGGUCCUGGCCCGCGGCUACACCGGGAGGAAGCCGCCCGGGCACUUUGCAACCGAGAGACGCCGGCUGGGCCCGCACGUCUGCCUCUCGGGGUUCGGGAGUGGCUGCUGCCCUGGCUGGGCGCCCUCCAUGGGCAGCGGGCACUGCACCCUUCCCCUCUGCUCGUUUGGCUGCGGGAGUGGCAUCUGUAUCGCUCCCAACAUCUGUUCCUGCCAGGAUGGAGAGCAAGGGGCCACCUGCCCAGAAGCCCAUGGACCCUGCGGGGAGUAUGGCUGUGACCUUACCUGUAACCAUGGUGGCUGUCAGGAGGUGGCCCGAGUGUGUCCCGUGGGCUUCUCGAUGACAGAGACAGCUGUCGGCAUCAGGUGUACCGAUAUUGACGAAUGUUUGAGCUCCUCUUGCGAGGGCCACUGCGUGAACACGGAAGGCGGGUUUGUGUGCGAGUGUGGACCCGGCAUGCAGCUCUCCGCCGACCGCCACAGCUGCCAAGACACGGAUGAAUGCCUCGGGACCCCCUGUCAGCAGAGAUGUAAAAACAGCAUUGGCAGCUACAGGUGUUCCUGUAGAACUGGCUUCCAUCUGCAUGGCAACCAGCACUCCUGUGUAGAUGUAAACGAAUGCCGGAGGCCGCUGGAGAGGCGCGUCUGUCACCAUUCCUGCCAUAACACCGUGGGCAGCUUCCUGUGCACCUGCCGACCUGGCUUCAGGCUGCGAGCAGACCGCGUGUCCUGCGAAGCUUUCCCGAAGUCCGCGCUCGCCCCAUCUGCCAUCCUGCAGCCCCUGCAGCACCCGCCCAAGACGCUGCUGCUCCUUCCAGAGGCGGGCCGGCCCGCCUUCUCCCCAGGACACAGCCCUCCUUCUGGGGCUCCGGGGUUCCCAGCCAGAGUCCGGACCACCCGCCUGCCAUCGCCCACCCCCACACUACUCACAUCUUCCCCUUCUGCCCCAGUGAGGCUGCUGCCCACCCUGAUGGCCACCCCAGUGCCCCGAGCACCCCUGUUGGGGACCGUCAAACCCUCCUCAACACUCCAGGAGAAGGCGGUGGUGACCCCUUCCUUGCCCAUGGACCCCACAGUCCCACGGCUGGCACCAGGGCCCUCUGCCUGCUGGCACCUGGGAGCCAUGUACGAGUUGGGGAGCCGCUGGACAGAGCCGGGGUGUUCCCAGUGCUGGUGCGAGGAUGGGGAGGUGACCUGUGAAAAGGUGACGUGUGAAGCUGCUUGUUCUCACCCGAUUCCCUCUGGAGAUGGAGGGUGCUGCCCAUCAUGCACAGGCUGCUUUCACAGUGGCGUCGUACGAGCUGAAGGGGAUGUGUUUUCACUUCCCACGGAGAACUGCACCAUCUGUGUCUGCUUGGCUGGAAAUGUGUCCUGCAUCUCCCCAGAAUGUCCCCCUGGCCCCUGUCCGACCUCCCCAAAGCCAGACUGCUGUACUUGUGUUCCAGUGAGAUGCUUUUUCCAUGGCCGGUGGUAUGCAGACGGGGCUGUAUUCAGUGGCGGUGGUGACGAAUGUACCACCUGUGUCUGCCAGAAUGGGGAAGUAGAAUGUUCCUUCACUCCAUGUCCAGAACUGGACUGCCCCCGUGAGGAGUGGUGGCUGGGCCCUGGACAGUGCUGCUUCACCUGCCGGGAGCCCACGCCCAUGACAGGCUGCUCUCUCGAUGACAACGGGGUUGAGUUUCCGAUUGGACAGAUCUGGUCUCCCGGUGAUCCUUGUGAGUUAUGCAUCUGCCAGGCAGAUGGCUCAGUGAGCUGCAAGAGGACAGACUGCGUGGACUCCUGCCCUCACCCGAUUCGGAUCCCUGGACAGUGCUGCCCCGACUGCUCGGCAGGCUGCACCUACACAGGCAGAGUCUUCCACAACAACCAGACCUUCCCGUCUUUGCUGGACCCGUGUCUGAGCUGCAUCUGCCUGCUGGGCUCAGUGGCCUGCUCGCCUGUGGACUGCCCCAUCACCUGCACCUACCCCUUCCACCCUGACGGGGAGUGCUGCCCGGUGUGCCGAGACUGCAACUAUGAGGGAAGGAAGGUGAUGAAUGGCCAGGUGUUCACCUUGGACCAUGAGCCUUGUACCCAGUGCACGUGCCAGCUGGGAGAGGUGAGCUGUGAGAAGGUCCCCUGCCAGCGGGCCUGCUCGGACCCUUCCGUGCGCCCUGGGGACUGCUGCUCCUCCUGCUCAGAUUCCCUGGACGAAAGACGGGGACACUCUGCUCAUGGAGACAGGUACUCGGCGCGGAGCCCCCGCAGAGCCACCGCGGCCCCCGUCAGCUGUAGCUCCUGCCCGGACCCCCCUGCAGCAUCACCUCAGAGACCAGCACUCCACACCCUCCAGCUCCUCUUAAGGACCAACAUGUCUUAUGUGCAGACUUCACCCAUGAGCUCCUCAGGGGCCCGGGCCUCACCCUCACCCCCUGUGGGGCCUGGGGCCACACUGCCAGGGGAGCCUGGGACCUCCCAGUCUCCUCGACCCUCACCAGGGCCAUCAGUUUCUCUGGGAAUCUUCACUCUACCUCCAGCCUCUCCCGGGGCUCCUGGGCCACCCCCUGUUACUCCAGAGCCUUCGUCCUCAGCAUCUGGGGCCUACACAGUGUCCAGAGAGCCUUCUCUGCCUGCCGCCAUCCUGACUAACACUUCUGCCCUGUCCACGACGGGCCCCAUCCCUUCAGAGACCCCCAUCACCCUCCUCAGGCCUCGCAGACUCUCCCCCACCACAUCCAGACUCUCUGCAGCCCUUGUGGCCACCGCCAGCCCCAGUCCCCAGCAGCCCACGACAGGAACCUCGAGUGAGGAGGAGUCUACUGGGUAA